CUUUAUUACCUACCAUACUCGUUAGCCCAUCAUUAGCCCGGAUUCUCAUCACUCAUUACCGAUUCGACCUGGAGCCAUCUUGACAAGAUCGGUCGGUUUCAUAUACUUGAAACCAGCGAACGCACAAUCCUUAAGCGGUCUUGGGGAACGACUGCAGAAUAUUCACUGCACAUAAUGCCGGACCACGAAGCCACACAAGGAAAGCGGAGGAGUCCCGAGUUAUUGGCGCUGCCGAAACUGAUCGUACCCACUACCAUUGUUGAGGAUUUCGAUGCCAACUCAUCGAAUGGUAAUGUCGUCCUCCAGCCUCAUGCCCUGAGUGUCGAUUUUCAGUAUAACAAAGGCGAGCCUGUAUCACCAUGCUCAGAUGUUUCACCCUCAUCUCGAUGUAGCGUUGUCUCACUUUCACCAUCUCUCUUUCCGCUACCACCAAGCAGUGCUACUCCGCCAACUACCGCUCACUCAUCAAUACUGGACUCGCCGCCACCACCAUGCACAUCACACUCGCAUUCUUCUAUAAGUCCAUGGUUUUCUCCGCCGUCGCCGCCUCCCUCUACACCACUACCGCCCACACCCACACAAAAAAGGCUAGCUAGCCUCAUCGGUCUUGCGAGUGGCCUUGAAAAUGUUCAGGUGCCUGCUUAUGCAAAGGUUAAGAGUCCUCUUUCGGAGUCGCCUGAAAUAAGUCCGGCAAAUCCAACGAAUGAUCCCAGGACGCCACCCCGGCGGCUCACAAAUUUUACCAUCGACUCCCAGGGAUUCCGGGAGUCGGUAAUAGAUCCAGACGUAACUCUUACACCACCACCACCAAGGUCAUCGCUACCGCCUCCGUACUCAUCCGGUCUAUGCACCCCGGAGCGCUUAAGUAACGCUAGCGUACCGAGCACCCGAGUGGACUCAACGACGCCGUUGGCGUAUAAUCUAGCGGAUUAUGAACACGGCCGAACUCCUCAUAGCCCCGAGCCCGAGCGCGAAAGGAGAAAGCAGUGCGGGGACGUAGAGGCCGGAGGGACAGGUUGGUGGGCGCGACACCGGCAAACCAAGCCGCAGAAAAGGAGAAGGAAGAUCACGAUGACGGUUAUAGGUGCGGCUUCGGCAGCCCUGGUGAUGGUUGUCGCUGGGAUCGCCGUUGGGAUAUAUCUGGCAGUGGCCGGUAGUGCGUCAUUAUAGGCAAGCUUUACCCCGUCUCUUAUAUGAUGUAAGAGCUAUUUACGAUAUGAUUAUGAUAUAAGAAAAGGGAGGG